AUGAAAUUUUUCAAUGAAGAAAAGGCAAAGCGAUUCAAAGCUCUUACCUGUCUUCAUAAUGCUGUGAGUAAAGAAAUCUUCACAAGGAUUAUGGCUUGUAAAUCUGCCAAAGAAACGUGGGAUAAAUUAAAAGUAGAAUUUCAUGGUGAUGAGAAGUCAAGGAAGAUGCAAGUUUUAAAUCUCAGAAGGCAGUUUGAAGGUUUGAAGAUGAGAGAAACCGAUACCAUCAAAGACUUCUCUUCUCAAAUUUCAAAACUUGUGAAUCAAGUGAGACUUUUGGGAGAAGAUUUUCCAGAUUCAAGAAUAGUAGAGAAAGUUCUGCCGUGGAGCAAAGACAAGCUUAUAGACAAGAAGGAACAAGUGAAGGAGCUCUUGUUGCAGUUUACAAGGAGAAGAGUCGGGCUAAGAAUUUUUACAGAAACAAGCAAGAAGAAAAAAAAGAAAAAGGGAGAGGCUGGCAAUUCAAUAACUGGCAACAGAACAACAACAACAACAUCUUCACUGAAGGGAAAGAGAAGAAAGAACAUUUUCCUGCUUGCAAAUUCUGUCAGAAAACAAAUCAUCUUGAAGCCUGGUGUUGGCUCAAGAAUGCACAAUGCCGAAACUGAGAUGUAUAACACAGCCAAGGCAAAUGACUCAUCAUGGCUUAUUGAUAGUGGCUGCACUAAUCACAUGACUGCAGAUCUGAGCUUAUUCAAAGAUUUGGAUAAAAGCUAUCUAUCUAGAGUUAGAAUUAGGAAUGGAGACUAUGUGAAGGUUGAAGGAAAAGGAACAAUUGAAGUAGAAACAUUGUCAGCUUCUGAUGGCGUUGCUCUUACAUUAUUUGAUCAAGUAGAACAUAAAGAUGAUGUUGUGUUGUGGAGUGCGAUGGCUUCGAUUUUUGUUAAGAAUGGGAAGUAUAGGGAAGGUAUUGAUUGCUUCAGGAGAAAUGCUGAGUUACAGUGUGGGGGCUAA